UCAAAACAGUGUUUGUUGUUGACUUGUGUCGUGCGCUGGUCCCGUUUGUCAGGCAUCUACGCGAUCUCAUUUUUUUUUAAUUUAAUAAUUAAAUGAAAUAACAAUUAGUAAUUCUAAAUUCAAUAUAGAGUUCCGCAACAACAGUAUUAUUUAUGACGUACUUAGAAAUAGUUUUAGCAUUAUUGGUGCUACCCAUCCAGCUGGGUCUUUCGGACGAUGACGGCGGUAUGUGCAUGGCAAAGGAAUCGUGCUCCGACGAUACGCCUCAGCAUGAGCCGAUGGUCGAUCUCUACAACGCCGCGGACAACAAAUACGUGGCACUGAUCCAGGAAGCGUUGGCCUCGUAUGAGCCAUGUCAGCAAGCCAACUGCUCUUGCCACGCAGACGUCCUGAAAGCGGAUCUACGCCCAUUCCAGACUGGUAUAACUGAACGGAUGAUUGAACGGGCCCGCUCGUAUGGGACAAGGUAUCAAAUUGUGGAUCACCGCUUGUACCGUCAGAAGGACUGUAUGUUCCCGGCGCGUUGUUCUGGAGUGGAGCACUUCAUCAAGCCGAAUUUGGCCAACCUGCCGGACAUGGAGUUGAUCAUAAACUGUCGCGAUUGGCCGCAGAUCAACAAACGUUGGAGUCACGGGGAGAAGCUUCCGGUGCUGUCGUUCAGCAAAACCGAAGACUACAUGGACAUCAUGUACCCGACGUGGGGCUUCUGGGAAGGUGGUCCGGCGAUUUCCCUGUACCCGACCGGAUUGGGACGAUGGGAUCAGCACCGAGUGUCGAUCAAGAAGGCUGGUGAGUCGUGGAGGUGGGAAAAGAAGAAGGGAAAGGCAUUUUUCCGUGGAUCACGGACUUCAGAUGAACGGGAUCCGUUGGUGCUGCUGUCCCGCAGAGAUCCUGAUUUGGUAGACGCGCAGUACACGAAGAACCAGGCGUGGAAAUCGCCAAAAGACACGCUCAAUGCUGAACCGGCCGCGGAGGUGCGCCUGGAGGAUCACUGCCAAUACAAGUAUUUGUUCAACUUCCGUGGAGUGGCGGCCAGUUUCCGGUUUAAGCACCUGUUCCUGUGUCGGUCGUUGGUGUUUCACGUCGGGAGCGAGUGGCAGGAGUUCUUCUAUCCAUCCAUGAAACCAUGGGUUCACUAUGUUCCGGUGCGGGUCGGUGCCAGCCAGGCGGAACUGGAGGAAUUAAUAAGGUUCUUUGCCGGUCAUGAUGAGUUGGCACGGGAGAUUGCCGAGCGAGGAUUCAACCAUAUUUGGAAGCAUCUGAGGAUGAAGGACGUCCAGUGCUACUGGAGGCGGUUGCUACGGCGGUACGGGAAGCUGAUCAAAUAUGAGGUGAAGCGGGACCACAGCUUGAUAGAGGUGUAUUAGGCCGUUCGCAAUGCUGUUUUAUUUUGUAUGGCGAGUUUUAAAAAUUUUAAAACUCGCCAUUCAAAAUAAAACAGCAUUGCGAACGGUCUUAGGAUGUGUGUAAGCGAAACAAUUACCUAGGAAUCUCAAGAUGCAACGAAUUCAAGUGAUGAUAAACGGUGCUUUACAAUA